CUCUCAAUUCUGUGAUCAUGAGCUUAAAAAACUUCAGCCGAUGACAAGAAACCCAUCUUUCUCACUCUUUAAUCCACGAAUAAAUUCUAUCAAUAAAUGCAGAAAUCAUAAAAAAGUGACAUUUCAACACCUCGAUCUUCUUAUACACUUGCAUUAUAGAGAUCUGAUCCUUCUGAGAACCCAAGCCACCCGGUUGAGAGGCCAUGGAAAUACCCACUUCGAAAGAAGACGCACCCACCAAACAAAUCUUCAUCCUCUCCGGCCAGAGCAACAUGUCCGGCCGAGGCGGCGUGACAAAGCACCACCACUGGGACGGCGUCGUUCCGCCCGAGUGUCACCCCAACGCCUCCAUUCUCCGCCUCAGCGCCAAGCUCCACUGGGAUCCCGCACGUGAGCCGCUCCACGCCGACAUCGACGCUAAGAAGGUGUGCGGGGUGGGGCCGGGGAUGUCGUUCGCCAACGCGGUGAGGGAGCGCGUGGGGGUGGUCGGACUGGUCCCCUGCGCGGUGGGCGGGACGGCCAUCAAGGAGUGGGCGCGUGGGGAGCACCUGUACGAGAGUAUGGUGGGGAGGGCGAGGGAGAGCGUGAAGGGCGGUGGGGAAAUCAGGGCCUUGCUUUGGUACCAAGGAGAGAGCGACACGUCGCAUCAGCAUGAUGCUGAGGCGUACCAGGUGAACAUGGAGAGGUUCAUCAACAACGUGCGGGAGGACCUGGGUUUGCCUUCACUUCCAAUAAUCCAGGUAGCAAUCGCGUCGGGGGAUGAGAGGUACAUGGAGAAAGUUAGGGAAGCGCAAUUUAGAAUCAAUCUCCCAAAUGUUGUAUGCAUCGACGCCAAGGGUUUGCCGCUCAAAGAAGAUAACCUCCAUUUAACCACGGAGGCUCAGGUUAGGUUGGGCCACAUGCUGGCUGAUGCUUGCCUCGCCAAUUUUGCACCAUCACAGCCUCCUCCUCAUCCUUGACUUGAAAGAAUGCAAAUCUAUUCCAACCUUGACCACUCUUGGGUGUUUCAACUUGCUUGUCCUUAGAUUUUUCUUUUUAAUAAGGGUUUGAUUCAAGAAUUGAUUGGCACUAUUACGAGAGUGAGAUAGUAGUAGAAUAAAAACAUGAUGCUUAACGUUA